GUUUUCCACGAACUACUUCACAUUUAUUAGUACAAACAUAGUGACAGAUCGAUUGACCAAGCAUAUCAUUCUGGAUGAAGCCAUGGUUUGGUUCUGUACCCUAGGAGGUGGGUUUUCCUCGCUUGGAGACAAUUGUGCGGGCGCAGCUGAGGUGGCUGGCAAGAUAUCGCUUAUGCAGCUGAGGCUUGCCUUGGAGAUAGGCUCGCCAGUAAUACAAGCCAAAGCCAAACUUUGGUUUGCACAAAGCCUGCUACAGCGCGGGUUUUUACGGACGUCCGCGAGGCUCUUACGCCUUGUUUACAGAGAAUGGAAGCCUCGAAUGAGCAAAGACACACCAGCCGACAGACGCAUCGACCUUAUGGCUGUCGGACUCUGGGAACGGUUGCGACACUCAUGGCGCUGCAGGAAACGCCAUGCUGUUGUGUCGCUUCAAAAUGAUGUGCAGUAUGUUGAUCGGAGGCCAAAGCGGCGCUACAGGUUUCCCGAUUUGUCAGCUUUACUUAACAGCCUAUAGGUGGUUUGCCGGGAUUCCAAACUUUCUCCCCGUGUUUAGAUAUUUUUUUACGUUUUCUUGACGAUGGUUCUUAUUGAUUUUUUAUUUCCAGUGACAGUCCAUUUUGCAGGAAAAAAGACAGUUCAAUAACU